AUGCGGAGAACAGUUGCAACGAAAAGCAAAGAUCGCUUGUGGGAUCAAGGUGUUAUUCCUUUUAUAAUUGAUGAUGUUUUUAGUGGUUCCCAACGUAAAUUAAUAAAAGAAGCAAUGCGUGUAUGGGAGAAGUCGACAUGUAUUACAUUCGUAGAGACAGUUCCUGAUGUUCUGCAUGAGCUAGGACACGCGAUUGGAUUGGAGCAUGAACAUAUUCGUCCUGAUCGUGACAUGUUUAUUGAUGUCAUUUAUGAAAAUAUACCAGAAGAAUUUUUUAGUGAAUUUGAAAAAGGAUCAGCUCAUGAUGUACAAACCUUCAACCAAACCUACGACUAUCAUUCAGUCAUGCACUACCCCAGUGAUGCAUUCUCAAUUUAUUGGCCUCUGGAAACCCUAUUACCAAAACAAGAAAAUCUAUCUCUUGGAAACAUCAAACUAAGCCGAUACUGUGGAAAUUUUUCAUCCAUCAGAAUCAAGACCAAUAAUGUUUUAUUCGUGACAUACGUGAAAUCAACGACAAGUAAUCCUUCCAUAGGUUUCACAGCUCACUACAAUAUUAUAUGUGGCGGAAUUUUUGACAUCAAGGUAGAUACUCCUUUCAACCUGGAAUCAACUAAUUUUCCAGAUGCGUAUCCACCAAAUCGACGAUGCAGUUGGAAAUUUACUGCACCAAAUAAUCAUCGCAUAGCGAUGAAAAUUCACUAUUUUGAGCUUGAAUUGAAUGACAAUUGUAUCGAUUUUCUUAUGAUUAAGGAUGGUAUUGAUUAUAACUCAAAAGUCAUUGGAGUGUACUGUGGUGAACGCGAUUCAUGGCAAAUUAAUUCAACUGAUAAUAAAUUAUUGGUUAUCUUUUCUAGUGACUCAAUAAUCAAUUAUUCAGGAUUUUCAGCAACUUUGUUUGCAAUACCCUUAGAUGGGUGA